UUUUAUAAGAAGCACUGAUGGGAUCUCACAGCACUGAGAGAAACGCAGGUGAAGACUCAAUACCAACAAGAUCAACACUGAAAGUAAUUCUUUGGAGAUUUCUGACAAGAUGAGAAAAUUCCUCUUGCUGGUUAUCACCAUAACAGCUUCUGUAGCUUUUGCCAGUCCACCAGUUCAGGAUGAGAAGCUUCCUGAUCCAGUGGUGAAGGUGCCAGUGACUGAAAAAGAACCGAAGGUAGAGCACACAGAAGCACAAGCAGGUGCUCUGGUGCAGGAGGAGGAAGCUGUUGCAAAUUCAAGUCUGGUGGAGCCUGAUUCAGUGCUGCUGGAGCCAGAAACAACAGAGGAACAAAGAGUACCAGAAGAGACACAAGUGAUGUUGGAGAAAGCUGUGCUAGAGGCAGAUUACCUGACUGAAGAGAUGCCAGAGACAGAACUAGAGCUUGAGCCGGAAAUUACUGCCAUUCAGACAGACAGAAACAUCGUACCAGUGGAGGAAGCUGUAGAAGAGUUAGAGUCUGAAACUAAUAAAACUUAUGAAAAUGAAAUUGCAGAAAUACAAAUGGACCCUGGGAAGGAAAGACGAAGGACACAGAUUGGGUGGUGGACUUGUGGAGGAGUUGUCCUACAGGGCAAAUGUUACCAGUUCUUCAGAAAAAACCUCAAUGCCCAUCAAGCUGAGUUCCACUGUCAGUCCAUCUGCAAUAAUGGCCACCUGGCCUCUGUGACAAGCAGCUACAUUCUUGGUGAAAUAGGGAGGCUAAUGGAUCGGAAUGGCGGCCGCACCCGCGCAUGGCUUGGAGGACGGAGAAUCCUUCGUACAAAAAAGUUCCGAUGGUUGGAUGGAACGCGGUGGAGCUAUAAUGGCUGGGCUAAAGGAGAGCCCAAUAAUCUUGGUAGGAAGGAGAACUGUGUAGAGACGUGGUAUAAUCUGGCGUUCAAUGAUGUAACAUGCACAAGACUCAAACCGUUCAUCUGUUCCUGUCCACUUUAGACAGCCAGAAGGUUAACCUAACCUGCUAUACAGUAACUUUUAUGAAAAAAGUGUAAAUAAUGAUAAUUAUUAUUAUUGCAAUUUUUAAAGAUUAAUAAGGGUUAUCAACCAGUGUUUUAUUAAAUUUUCAUUGCAUUGUUUACAAAAAAAAAAAAAAAAAAAACAUUUUUAUACACCACAGCUGAUUCAUUUAGUUUGGUUAAUAUUGCAUCAAAUUGUUUUAAGCAAUUUAAUUGAACAUGCUUUUGAAAACUUUGUGUAAAUAAAGCUGACUUUUAUUAUCAAAAA